CCCAUUUGUAUCAUAUUAAUCUGAAACUAAAAUGUAACUUUCUUUCUGUCCCACCGUCAAGACAGCCUUUGGAAAUCAUGUUAAUUGGCAAUUUCUUUACUUAAGAUAAAUAUUUUUUCAUGAAAAAAAAUAUAGUCGACUUGUAUUUGUUUUAAAAGGGUUUUAUUGAUGACUAGAAUGAUUUGAUCUAGAGAGAAACUUGAAAAGCCAUCAUGUUUAUAAGGAUUGAGUGAGUGUUUGCAAUUAAUCAGAUACAAAUAUGUACAAAUAUGGAAAAACAAUGUACAAUUCACAGAAGAGAAAAUUGUAAAUGCAACGUUUGUGAAAAUACACUUGCUAUGAAAAAUUCUCUUUCUAACCAUAUGGAAAUACAAACAGAUGGGAAGAAUUAUAAAUGCAAUGUGUGUCUGAAAGGCUUUACUAGGAGAAAAAAUCUUAAUAUACAUAUGAAAAUUCAUACUGGUGAGAAUUGUAAAUGCAAUGUGUGUCUUAAAAGCUUUACUAGGAGAAAAAAUCUUUAUACACAUAUGAAAAUUCACUCUGGUGAGAAGAAUUAUAAAUGUGAUAUAUGUCAAAAUGCAUUUACACAUAAAGGUACACUGAAUGCACAUAUGACAAUUCACACUGGUGAGAAGGAAUAUGAUUGUGAUAUAUGUGGUAAAGCUUUUCGAUUAAAAACUAACCUUCGUGCACAUAUGUCAAUUCAUACUGGUGAAAGGAAAUAUACGUGCCAAAUAUGUAAUAAAGCAUUUACUCAUAAGAAAUUACUUUCAGUACAUAUGAAAGUUCACACUGGAGAGAAAAACCAUACUUGUGGUAUAUGUUUAAAAGCAUUUAGGCAAAAAAGUAAUCUUUCUGCGCAUAUGACAGUUCACACUACUGAGGAGAAAUAUGCAUGUCAUAUAUGUGACAGAACUUUUCAUAGCAAAGACUAUCUUUCCAGACAUAAAGAAAUUCACACUGAAAGGAGAAAAUAUAAGUGUAAUAUAUGUGAUAAAGCAUAUCUUAAUCUUUCUAAGCAUAUGACAGUUCACACUGGUGAGAAGAAAUAUAAAUGUUAUACGUGUGAUAAAGCAUUUCCUGGGAAGAGGUAUCUUCCUGUACAUAUGAAAGUUCAUUUUCCUGAUUUGAAUGUCCAUGCUGUUGAAAAGACCUUUACAUGUAGUGUUUGUAAUAAAGCAUUUUCUGAGAAAAGAUACCUUUCUAAACAUACAAAAAUUCACACAGGUGAGAAGUAUGUAUGUAAUAUAUGUAAUAAAGCAUAUUCGGAUAAAUAUUUCCUAAAAACACAUAUGACAAUUCACACAGGUGAGGAGAAAUAUAAAUGUGAUGUAUGCAAUAAGGCAUUUACAUAUAAAAAUAGUCUUUCUCUUCACAUGAGAGUUCACACUGGAGAGAAGAAAUAUACAUGUACUAUAUGUGAAAAGGCAUUUACCCAGAAAAGUAAUCUUUCUAAACAUAUGAAAAUUCAUGCUGGAGAGAAGAAAUAUCAAUGUGAAAUAUGUGAUAAAGCAUUUAUUCAGAAAACUAAUCUUUCUAUACAUAUGAAAGUUCAUACUGGUCAGACAUAAACUGGUUGAAACUUGAGAGAAGAAAUAUAUAUCUAAUGCUAUGUAGUAAGUGAUAAAGAAUUUACAAAAAAGUAAAAUCUCUGAUGACUCUACAUAUGAAAAUUCAUGAUGGAGAGAAGAAAUAUAUAAAUGAAACAUAAUAAUUUGAUGAAGUAUUUUUUCUAAGAAUUUUUUUUGUGUACAUAUACUUUACUGAGAAGAAAUAUAUAUAUAAAAUAUAAGAUAAAGCAUUUACUCAGAGAUAUACUCCCCUUCUGUACAUAUGUGGGUUCAUACUGGUUAGAAGAAAUAUCAAGACGGCCUCCAUGGUUGAGGGGUUAGAGACUCGAUGACCUUUAAUCCAGUUACCUCUCUGGCGUGGGUUUCAUCCCCGGGAGAUGCUUUGAUAGUUUAGCGCGGAGGAAGGUAGUCUAGUACUGGUGUAACUAUAGGAAACUACCCGCCUAUAUAUCUGAAAUACUGUUGGGAAAAGGCGUUAAAUGAAACAAACAAGAAGAAACAUCAAUGUAAAAUACAAUGUAUAAUAUUAUAAAUAUUAAAGAAUAAUGUCGUAGCAGCCGUAUGCGCCAAUCAUUUCUUAAAAUUUGAUUUAGAAUAAAAUAUGGUUCGUUUA